CUUGAAACAAAUAAAUAUACUAAAAAAGCCCUCGAGAAUGGAGCUCCGAGUCAUACUCAUUGGGAGGUAAUAGAUAACUAAAAAACGUGUCUUGCAACAAACAGAGUGUCAAAUGUGACAACUUUUUCAUAUGUCAAAAGAUACAAGACUUCUAAGUACUACUUUCUCUUUUAUUUCUAAUAAUAAGCAUAUUUACGAGGACAGUAUGGAACUAUUAGCAGCGUUACCAGCCAUCAUCGGCCUCGUUGGUAAAGGUCGAGAGUUGAGAAACGUGACGGAAAAAGGUGACUGGAUAGAUUUUCUUUUAGAAUGUUUGAGCAAUACUUCGGAGGAUUUGAAAGGCAGAACAACAACGUCUAUUGGAGAUUUUCUUCGUUUAUACGUCAGCUUAAAUGCCGACGAAGAUGGUGGUGUACCUGGUGUUCAUAUAACACAAAUUUCUGGAGCUUCGUAUCUCGAUAUUAGUCAAGCGUUAUCUUCGGGAGUUUUGAUUUAUGAAAAUGAACCGAUUACAGGAACUAUGUCUCAGUACAUGGAAUUUCAAGAAAAAAUAAAAAACGCUUUGGGUACCGAACCCAAGGAAGAAAUGUUACAACAUUUUUUGCUUUCUUUUAUGGAGGAAAAUAAGUUGAUUGGACACAAAGAAACUCGAUUUCUCGAUCCACGUUAUGUGGCACUUUUAAAUCAUGUUAAAACGUAUUUGCCUGCUAAUAAGGAAACACAGAGCAAACCACUAUUGCUGGUCCGAUAUUCCAGAUCUAUUAGUUUUGAAACGAGUACUACUGAAACAAAUCAAGUGGAUCAUUUGACUAAUUCACCACCUGAAUGUACAACUAAUACUCCAAUGUAUGAUUCUAAUAUAAGGUUACCUCGACAUUCCAGAAUUUUGGCUAAUUUAUCUUCCUCAGUUCAAAGAAAUUAUACUACAUUUAGUUCUCUAGUAAAUUUGCCAAGACUUCAGAAUCAAACAAGAACCAUUCUUAGUUCGACAAGUAACUAUAAUGUUUAUAAUCAAACAAUGAACAAUAUUAUUAUAGACAAUCAAUUUGCACCUUGUAAUCAUAGUCAUAGCCAUAGCCAUAGCCAUAGUCGUCAUCAUCAUCAUUAUCAUCAUCAUCAUCAUCAUAAUCAUCACCAUCAUAUUAAAAAUGAUAAUCCUUUAAAUAAUAUGCAUGAAGCAACGAAUGAAAUGGCAACAGAAAGACAAAAUAAUAUUAAUAAUGGAAGAGUUGAAAAUGGGCCCGAAAGAAGUCCGGAGACAGUACUAUUACUAAGAGUAUUGCAAAAAUAUUUCCCUUAUAUUUUAAUCCUUUUAGUUAAAGGCGCUUAUGAUCAACGACUAGAAAUAAUUAAUAUUACUUUAUUGUUCGUAACUUUCUUAUAUACCAAUAAUAAUCUUAAGAACGAGAUUGCCAAACAACAAAACAGAAGUUGGUUUUUGUUAUUAUUAAUUAUGUGCUUUAUAGCAGGUUGUUUUUUCAUCUUAAAUGUUAUUUUUGAUAUAAAUGUAUCUACGACUCAACCUCUUUCACUCUCAGAGCUUAUAUGGUCAGUAAUUGCAACAGAUAUUAUAAUAAAAUUGAUCACUAUUGCUUUUAAAGUGAUCUUAACUUGUUUACCUCUAAGACUACUUGCAUGUCACAAACGUGGAAAAUAUUAUGUGAUGUUAGAAGCUACAUCUCAACUUUGUCGUCGUUUUGCACCAAUUCAACCAUGGAUAUAUUAUUUGAAUGAAGCAUAUCAAGGUUCAGAAAAAAUAGUAGGAUUCAUUUUAAUUGCAAUAUAUACUAUCAAUAAAAUAAAUGAUUCGACAAAAUCUUUAAAGUUCUUCCUUACAACAUUAUUGGGAUUUAUAAAGAAUGAGAGGUUAGGAUCAAAUCCAUCUGAAGAGCAAUUAAUAAAUUCUGGUGGAAUAUGUGCAAUAUGUCGUGAAGAAUAUAAAGUACCAAUUAUACUCAAAUGUCAACAUAUUUUCUGUGAAAUUUGUGUAUUAACAUGGCUGUCUACGGGAAAAUUAUGUCCAAUGUGUCGUGCACCAAUUACAGAUGAUGCAAUUUACCACAACGGUCAUACAACAUUGUAUAUUCAAAUGUAUUGAAUAAUUGAUUGUUAUAUAAAUUGCAGGAUCGAAUUUAUAUCGCAUGAAAUAUAUAAUUUAUUUUUUUAUCAAUUUUUAAAAGUCGUCUUAUAAGUAUCAUAAUUUAGCUGUACAUUGUUGACAAAAUAACGAUCAAAUAAUCACAUGUCAUCCACAUCAAA